UUGUUCUAAAAGGGCUUCAGAUUUCCCUGGUUAGGUUAGUUUGACACCAGGUUAAGAAUGAACCAAACAGGGACGUGGCAGGAUAAAUGGGCGCAACCUGGCUGGAAGAUAGAGCAGAAGUAUGGAAACAAGGUGCUGGUAGGAAACUGGGCGGAAGAAAGACUCAAGUUCACCCGGGAGCCGCAGACAGCCAACAGCACCAAUCAUGUAGACCACCGGCCCCACUGGGACUUCAGGCCAGACGUCUUUGAGAGAAGAUCUGCCCUGCUGAGAGCUGAGGGGCUUCCAUCCAAGCUGCUAUUUGCCCAUGAUGGCUCACCAUCCUCUCAUUACUUGGUCACGCAGUAUGCAGAGAGCUUCCAACAUAAGCACACGAAUGCUGUGCCCACUCUGCGACCCUGGCAUCCAGACAGCUCGACAUGGCAGCUCGAGAGGUCUCAUCGGCCAAUUUCUGCCCUUCCAACCGACUCUGGCCCGCUGCAGUCCACAAAGCACCGUUUGGAAAAGCAGCAGUCCCACCUCCCUUCACUGACUGUGUACAGGUCAGCAUACCAGAGGCACCCACUCAGUGCCUUCUGCCAGAGCCGCGUUGCCAGGGCUUCACGCGCCCUCUCCAGCCACCUCCACACAGCCAAUCGCAACAACAAGGACCUGGAUCUGAGGCGGCGCCCACUACUACAAAUCCCAGAUCGUUGUUUGAGUCAACUUUCACAUUCACAACAGAGACAAAACUGUGUCUCUCGAAUUGCCUCACAUGCUGCUUGUUAA